UGGAGCGUGUCAUCAUGCGUGGAUUGUCUUUCAGGUCCCGCGUUUCUGUGCGUUAAACCCUCUUUUGUUUCACUUUACAGCAGUCUGUGUUUUUUUUUAUUAUUAUUAUUUAUCUCUUGAUCUGUCAAAGUGUGCAUGCGCUCAAGCCGAGCGGCUCUUCCUCUUGCAAAGAAACGCAAAGUCAUGCUGGUGCGGGAGCUCUUCCCCUCCACCCCCAGCAGCGCCACCGCCUUUGGACGCGCGCAGGACGCUCGCAGCUCCGCCGUUUCUCUCUGCUGCCGGCAGAAACACGUCGUUUCCUGAGAGGAUCGGGGGGUUAAUUUAUAAAACAACAAGAAAACAACACAAAACGGGGAAGAGAAGGAGUGUGGAUCCUGUGGCGGCGCAGCUCUUCCAGCGCGUAACGAUCUCGUCGUGUUUACGAUCCAACAGCUGACUUCAGGGACCGGCCCCAUCACAGAACCGGCAGGAGCAAAUCUGUCCUCACAUGCCUCGCGUCUCGGCGUCAGACGUUUGACCGCUUCCUUUUAUUGGAGGGAACAGUAAAUCACUGCGGACGACAGCAAAGUGGAUUUUUUUUUUUUUUUAUAAACCUGCAGAACCUGGAACUUUGGGAGCUGUCCAAUCCGGAUGCAGUUACUCGUGUCACAACCUGGAUAAACCAAUCCAGUCUUUCUACAGAAACACAAAAACAUUUAGUUGUUUUACUCUGGCCUCUUUCCUCUGCUUGAUCUGCCCUCCGGCGAUGGCUUUGAUCAGGAGGAAAUUCUGCCAUGCUGUUUUACAUGAAGCAUUUACAGACUGAAUAGACUUUAUCUUCAAUUGUGGCACAAUGGAUCUGCGGAGAUCACCUGCUCAUCUUGGCUUCCACAGCUUGGAAACAUAAAAAACUUUCUAUUUUUAAACUUUAACUGGUUAAGAACUAAAAAAUUGCAUAAAACUGGACCAAAUCCUUUCAGUAUGAAUUGCCCAAUAAGGAAAAAACGUCCCAAGUGUGACUUGGACUUUUCAGCCAUCGCGGUUCCCUCCAUGCACGGGUCGGGAUACCUCGACUACACGGUGGAGAACCACGCUUUCAGGUCCCUGUUGGUCAUGGAUGAGUUCAGAAAGCACGGCAUGCUGUGUGACGUGUUGCUGCAUGUCACAUACAAGGAGAGGGUGGUAGACUUCAAGGUGCACAGGGUGGUGCUGGCCUCCUGCAGCCCGUACUUCAGAGCCAUGUUCACCAGAGGCUUCAAAGAGUGCAGCGCUUCCGAGGUCACCCUGUGCGACGUGUGCCCCGAGGUGGUGGGAAGGCUGAUUGACUUUGCCUACACGGCUCGUAUAACGGUGGGGGAGACGUGUGUGCUGCACGUCCUCCUGUCCGCCAUGAGGUUUCAGAUGGAGGACGUGGCCAAAGCGUGCUGCGAUUUCCUCAUCAAGCACCUGGAGGCGGCGAACGUCAUCGGCAUAUUGCGCUUCGCCGAAGAGAUCGGGUGCACAGAGCUGCAUCAGCAGUGCAGAGAGUACAUCAACACACACUUUAGUGAGGUGACCAAAGCAGAUGAGUUCUUCAGCCUGUCCCACUGCCAGCUGCUGGAGCUCAUCAGUCAGGACAGUCUCAAGGUUCUCUGCGAGUCCGAGGUGUACAAAGCCUGCACAGACUGGGUCCGAGCAGACAUGGAGAGCAGGGCUCAGUAUCUCCACGCCCUCCUCAAUGCGGUCCACAUUUACGCGCUGCCUCCGAAAUUCCUGAAAAAGCAGCUCGUGUCCUGCCCCAUCCUCAGCAAGGCCAAUUCCUGCAAGGACUUCCUGUCUAAAAUCUUCCAGGAUAUUACGCUGAGAAGGAUCACCCCCACCCCGAUCCGAGGAACCCAGCUCAUCUAUGUGGCCGGCGGGAGCAAAGUGUGGCUGAAACUGGCCGACAUGGAAACUCCCUGCAGCGGUCUGGGAGCUUGUGCUCUGUUUGGACUCAUGUACACGGUGGGGGGUAAAAAUCUUUCACUGCAGAAUAACACAGAGUCCAACGGGUUGUGCUGCUACAACCCCAUGACCAACCAGUGGAGCGAACGAGCCCCCAUGAAUAUGCCCAGGAACCGAGUGGGGGUGGGCGUGGUGGAUGGCUGCAUCUACGCGGUGGGGGGCUCCCAGGGGUCCGUGCAUUAUAACACAGUGGAGAGGUGGGAUCCAGACUCCAACCGCUGGUCGUUCGUUAGCCCCAUGUCAGUGGCUCGCCUGGGCGCCGGUGUGGCUGCGUGUGGGGGGGCUCUGUACGUGGCGGGGGGUUAUGAUGGCCAAAACCGCUGGAACACCGUUGAGAAAUACCAGCUCGACACAAACACCUGGCACCAGCUGGCUCCCAUGAAGACGAUCCGCAGCGGGCUGGGUUUGGUGUGUUUAAACUUCUGCCUGUACGCCAUCGGAGGAUACGACGGACAGAGCCAGUUGUGCACGGUGGAAUGUUACAACAUGGCCAGAAACGUGUGGGAGCCCCGAGCCUCCAUGCAUCACUGCCGCAGCGCACACGGAGUCACCGUCCACCAGGACCGCAUCUACGUCUUCGGAGGUUACAACCAGCGCGGCUUCCUGUCCAGUGUGGAGUGCUACUGUCCUGAAACAAACAAGUGGAUGUACCUAACGGACAUGCCAGAGGGGCGCAGCGGCAUGGGCGUCGCCGUCACCAUGGAGCCCUGUCCCGGGAGACUGCUGGAGAUGGAGGUGGAUGAGGACGAGGUCAUGUAGGAUGGAGAAACGAGCGGAGAGGAAGUUUUGAUUUUUGCAAAGACUUUUUUGAGAGAGAGAGGAAAAAAGCUUUCUAAAUGAAUAAACUCAUCAAUGUACAGAAAAAGAUUAAUCUUUUGAGAAAAAGAGAGACAAAGUGUCUGCUUUGAGUUCGUUAAGACUCUUCUGACAAACCAAUCAGACUGAAUUUAAUGAAGACUUCCCUACUUGUGAGAUGAGAUAUUGCCAUUAGGUUAAAUGAAGUUAUACCUCAGGUGAUUUCCAUUCGUUUGGAGACCAACUAGUAUAAAAAAUUUACAAACAAGACUGGAACUGAGCUCCUUCCUGCUUUCUCUUCAAAAUCAAAUCUGUAUAUAAGCACUUUUCAUGACAUUUUUCUCACAGAAUUAUCUGUUUUGCGUGUGUAAAAACCCAUUUGUUUCUUAAAUAAAUGAAAUAUGAAUUUU